GAGGUAGGUUUUCGUGGGUACUUUAACUCAAGCCUUGCAGCCUGCAUGAUGUUUCAUUAAUAAUGCGAAAUGGAGAGAAACCAUAGUCCAGUCAACGGUUAUAUCUAGAUUUAUUCUGAAUUCUGAGGGAGUGAGGAGUAUAAGGAGCUUGGAUCAGAGCGUAACUGAACUGAGAUAUUCAUUGAGCAGUAAUGGUCAACAUAUCAUUUUGAAAUGGAUAACCUGGAAGAUGCUGUUUUAGAUGAAAUAGCGCUUGAAGGUUUGAAUGGAGUGACUCUAGAAAGCUUAUGGGAUCUUUUGGAGCAGAGACUAGCUUCGUUUGAUUUCAAGUGUGAUGAUUACAUGAAGAACUUCAUCUGGGAGGACUUACUUUGUCACCAUGAAACUAUUUCUUUCUACACCGUACCAGAAGAACUUUUACAGCUAAAUGAAAAUGAUGUCAAGGAAAGGAGACCUUCUAGAAAGAAAGGACAACUGAAGAUCCAGCAGACAAGUGGACUGAUAGAAGACCCGGUCAGAAAAGAGAUGGGAUACUGUCCAUUCUACAAAGAGAGGCAAGAUGUCACAGCAGAAAUACGCAAAGAUGCCAAGUCAGGUUCUCUCAGUCUACAGCAAGUUACAGAGAAAUGGGGACAUUGUUUGAUGCUAGUUGCGAGUCAGGAAGCCCGACUACAUGCUAUUCUAUCACCAGUCAGCAGUGUAGAUUUACCCCUUAACACUACUUACUAUUGCUGUUUGGAGAUUGCUGGAAAGAACAGGUACCUAGGAGUAUCUACACAGAUUAUCUCUACCAAGUUUGAUGUUACCUUCUCAUAUGUCUUCCACAUGUUCAAGAAUUUGGUGAAGCUUGGUGUUAUCACCAAAGAGGUGAAGGGAAAUAUUGCAUACAUCUACCUGAUUCGAUUCAAGAGGCAACCAGUCAAGGAAGUCUCACUUACUAGCAUGAUAUUGGACUAUAUAAAGGACCAACCAAACAGUAUGGUGCCCAGAUACGAGUUGGUGGACUUUGUGCUGAGUUACGAUUAUUCCUAUGGGCAGUUCAAGAAAGUUCUGAAGAAUCUUAAAUCCAGCAAGGUUGUAGAAGCAGUGUCCAUACCUGCCAAAGAACUGCCUCAAUACUGCCCUGAGACAGUGCAGUCUGUGAAGGAGUUUAAGUUAAGAAUGGUUCAGGAAGAAGACAAUACAAACAAAGAGAGGAAUCCCGAAGAUUUCCAAAUAGUGUGUGUUCGUCUUUUCAAGCAGGGAGACAUUACUGAUGAUAGUAUUGGGAAUGAUGGCGAUGAUGAUGCUGAUGAUGAUGAUGACAUUUUCAAUAGAGAUAUUGACUUGUCUAAGUUGCCUUUGGAUAUGGAACUGUCAGAUGUUCAGCAGGUAUAUUACUACACAGAGAAGAAACAGAAUGAAUCACACGGUGUUUCUCUGAACGAAGUGGUGCACUCUUUAGUGAUGGAGAGAACAUAUGUGAGAAUAAUCAUGAAGUUAUUAACCAGAGACAAAUUGGUGAAGCCCUUAAAUUUCACAACAGGAAAAGCAAGGGUGUUGAGAUUCUUCACUCAGCGUGGAUUGGAUGAAGCCACAGUUCCAGAAGAAGUUCUGAAGCUGUAUCAACAGCAAAAAACGAUAACUCUUGAUGAGAAGCAGACACCAGAAAAAGAUGAUGAGGUAUCACAGGUCCCAUCACUGAUGGAUACAGGAGAGCCAUCAGAUCCAAUAAAAUCAUCACCAGGAGACUCAAAUACAGCAGGCAAAUCAAAGGCAGUAUCCAGAAAGCCAGGUACAUCAUUUGCAAGGACAUUUGAGAAUCUUGAGAGAAGUCGAUUGGUACAGGAUCUUGUAACGACCCAUCAUAUUUUAGAGGAACACAACCUACUCAAGCAUGUCAGGGCAAAGGAAGCAGAAUCUGGGCUUACAGCAAUUUGUUGUAGAAAGUCAUUACACAGGAUGAUACUAAACAUGGCUGAAGAAGGGAAAGUGAAUUACUUAACAAAGGAAAUCAAGCGCAAGGGCAAAAAUGGAAUUAGAACAGAAGUAAUCAAGAUUGUGUCUGUUGCUUCGAUCAAAGAUGGCGAUCCUCGUGUUCAAGAUCUGUUGGAAAAGAUAAGCCCCAAACAACAAUUUGGUACUCAACCAGUUAAAGUUCCUCUCAUGUAUCGGAAAUUAAAGAGUUCUGGAAAACCAAAAAUAGCAAUGUCGGACCUACUUAAAAGCAAAAUGUGCCAUAGCCUUGAGAAUAGAAAGAAUAUGGAGAGGUACGGAUUCUGUUCCAAGAUGGAGAGAGCAGAAGCCUUACACAAGUAUCUAUGGUACCUCUUGUAUGGGACCAAGAAAGAAGGAGUAUCCAAGCUGGAGCCAGUGGAGAGAUUGUCUACAAAGGAGAAAAGAGCAUUACCUGAAGGAUGCAACGAUGAGACAGAAGGACAAGCUAAUAUUAUGUUAGCCGAGAGGAUCAGAAUGACUGCAGCUGCCAAUGAUAAAAGUCUGGUUUCGAAUAAUGAGGGUAAGGUUGAGAUGGUAGAGAGUCCUUCUAGCAUUGAGUGUCAUCUGGAUACCGAAGACUGGCGGCGAUAUGUCACCCCUGGUAUACAGCAUAUUGGGUGGGCAAAGGGAUGGGCAACCAUGAAUGACAUCUUGUGUACCCUGCCAUUGUCGAUCUUUGUCAAGGUCAACUCAGUGACAAACGAGGUACCUGGAUUGGAUGAGGCUUUAAAGCAUCCAAGGAUAAAACAUUACCCCAUCAAUAUCAUACAUCUUCAGCUCUUUUAUGGUUCUGAUGUCAACCGUGUCAUCAACAAUGUUCAUGCCUGUCUUCUAAAUCUCAGUGGCAUGGGACUGCUAUAUUUUGAUUGUCAUCAACGACUCCAGAACAGAACUCGUGUGAACUUCUACUUGUGUCGAACUGGAUCAUUUUUAGACACUACCAGCUCUGCCACUGGGUCUAUUCAAGUUGAGGAGAAGGCCUAUCCAAAGAGAAGCUAUAACUUCACUUCAAUGGAGAAUGUUGAACAGUUCUGGCUUGACUUUAAAAUGAACUGCUUCACCACGCCUUUAGGUGCAUUCAAAUAUGAAGGUCCCAAAGAACCUGCCAAGGACAAAAAGAUGUUGAUAAUGGUAGCAGAGACUAUUCACCAAGUUCCUCCUGAGCCAGUCACUAUUCCUGGAGAUGGUCGUGGAGCCGCUGGACUGGAUACAACCUUCUAUGCGCACCGAUGUAGUAACUGGGACAGGAUUAAAUGUCAUAAACCAAAGAAAAAAACAGGAAAGGUUUUGGUGAAAUCAGAAAUAAAAAAAGAAGCUGAAGAGACAGUGCAAGACCUUGCUUCAGAGGGAGGAGGAGCCAAGCGCAAAGAAAGAGGGAAAGUAAUGAAAGUAUUGGCCACGGAGCAUAAGAAGGCAACGGCAGGUGGCAAAGGUCAAAAGCGAAAGCGCCAGAAAGCCAAACCAACACCAGAUAAACCACAAGUAAACAACGAUGUUUCAGUUCCAGAACCAGCUGAUUCAGGCUUUUCAGAAAGGGCUUUAUCAGACCAACGCAUUGCAGAGAAAGCUGAUGAGAGAAGCAAAGAGCAGAAGAAAGUUGCAUCAGAUUCCGGACCAACAGAUGCAGACCUGGUAGCUGCAGAAACAGCAGGAGGAAGCAAGGUAAAGAAAAUAAACCAGAGAAGCGAGGAACAGAAGAAAGUUGGAUCAGAUCCUGCAUCAACAGAUGCAGACCUGGUGGAAGGAGAAAGAGACAAAAACAGGAUAGAGAAAGCAAACAAGAAAAGCAAAGGACAAAAGAAAACAGGACCAAAGAGAACACCAAGGAGUCACCUUGCUCAUGAUCUCCAUAUCUAUGAUGAGACAGAUAUGCAAGCUAAACAGACGAAGAUUCUUAAGAGGGUCAAGUGGAGUGCAAGAGAAGACAAUUUACUUCUUUUAUGUGGUUUGGCUCUUCGCUUUUUGAAAGUCAAGGUUACAAAGUGUGGCCCAUUGAAGCAUUAUGUACAUAUGUCUGAAGUUCGCAAUUUGCUUCGGGAAAAUCUUGAGGAAUCCUGCGAUAAGACAUCGGAAUCAUGUGCUCGUCGGAUAAGAGUUCUUCUAAAAAAUGACACCAAUAUGUCAAACUUCACUGUCUGCUUAGCUGACAUCCAUGCAGACUUGGAGAUCAUGUCAAAGUUCAUGUCGGGGGAUAAAACCUUUGGUAAUGAGGCUGCACGACGCAAAGAAUUCAGAGACCUCUGUAUGGUACUUAGCAAGAAGUUUGAGUCCCAAAGUAAGGAUACCAUUUUAGCAAUACCUUCAACUUUGGAGGAGCUCUAUCUGAACUAUGAUUUGAUAAACAGCAACAUUCCUGUUGCCAUGACAAUGAAAGAGAUUGAAUCCAUGGAUGUCAAGUCAGAAGAAGAUAUCACACACCAUCUCCUUUUAACAGUUGUACUAAUAUCACUGCUAUCACAUCACUUCAGACAAGGAGAGAUGAAACAGAUCUACUAUGCUUUGAAGCAAUAUGAUACAAAGCAACUACAGAGGGCGCUAGAUACCCUCAAAAGCCAUGGCUUUACGGGAAGGAAUCGUGGUAUGCAGGAUGUGUCGAGUCCCCAACGAGCCUUGCAUGCAAUGCCUAUGUCCUUCCAGUUCACCAAGACAUUCUUCAAUCUUUUCAAAGUGCCUAGUAUUCCUGAAAAGAUCUUGGAUGAAACAAGUAUGGCUCUUGAUGACAUUGUUGCAUGGAAACGAGAUGAAUGUUCUGCACCUACUCUGGCACUAGAUAAAAUGAAGGGAAACAGAUCUAGUUUGCUAUGUAUUCCAGCUCUGGAACUGGCAUAUGACUCAGUGGACAUUCCGAAGGAAAUUAUAUCAUUAGACCUGAGUGCUAGCGAGAGAGCACAUCUACAGAAGAGACAUGAAGAAGAAAUGUUGUUGGCCAUUGAAGAGGGUGACUUUGAGGAGGAGGAUGAUGACAGUAUUUCAGGGAAAUCAAGAGAAGGGAAGCGAAAGGCAUCAGAAAUCAGUGAGAAUGUAGCUCCAAGGAAGCUGAGGAGGCACCUUGUGGCAACUGCUGGACGGAAGAAGGUAGCAUUUGUCAGAACAGCACAUGAAGAAUGGAGUCAGAAAGUGGCCGACAAACAGCAGACGUCAGAACAAGGGAAUAAGAAGGUUGCAAUGAAGUCACUGAUUCCUCGAUUAUUGGGUGAUGUGAAGAAGGAGAUGAACAGUGUGGAUGCGAGUAGUGUCAAACCCACUAUGCCAUCUCGAGCAGCUGUUGCUCUUGAUGCAGCAUCAGCAGCUAGACGAUCUCUUGCCUUGGACCAUGAUUACUUCAUGCCUAAAGUAGCACAAACUCCAGAGACGUGCCAAGAUGAAAUCAAUCCUGAAGACUCCUCUCAGGAGACUCCAAGAGAAGAAUUACCUUCAGAUGAUUCCAAGCAGGUCGAUGACACAGCUUCUGUGAACUCAGCUUCAACUGACGGAACACCCAGGGCUACAAAAUCUAGUUCUUUCUUUAAUUGGUUGACCAUGAGAGGGUUUCUGACCCAGGAUUACACCAAGAAGCCUCAAAAUAUCCACGAGGACAUCAUUGUCCGUAGAUGUAGUGUUUUCAUGACACCGACCCCAAGUCUUAUCAGUAUUCUAGACAGGUUUCAUGUGCCUUCUAGACAAGAACAUAAUGAUCAAGAUAAAGUGCGUAGCAUAAAGGACACUUCCCAUCAAAGAACUGGCAGUUCGCAACCUAGCAUUUCUUCAAGUGAAGAAAACAGCAUGGACAUUGAAAGGACAGGUGAUGAUGGUAAUCAACAAACCCCUAUCCAAUCCAGGAAUGGCACCAAUGGAGGGGAUCUAGUUCCAAGGGAAAAGUCCAUGAGCCCCUCAAGGCAUUCAGAAAGCAAGGCUAGAACUAGUAAAAGUACAACAUCACAAUAUGUGCAGACCCUUGGUGAAUUGAUUCACCAGCCCUGUGGACCAGUUGUGGCAUUUCUUGGUCCUCACACUAGCAGUGAUUUCAAACCAAGCUUCAGGUACACCAUGAACAACCCUCGUAGGAGUCUGGAAGACGUUUGCAAAGGACAUGAAGACCAUUCACAUAUGUUGACUAUCUACCAACUUGUUAAGGCAGCAGGAUCAUUAGGUCUUACCUAUCCCCGGCUUCUUCAUGCCAUCCAUCCGAAUACACACCAUGCAAGGAACAGAGUAUUCAGCUGUUUGAGGAUCUUGCUUCAAGAACAGUUACUCCUAGAGGUGGGUACCUCUGUUGUGAGACUUGUGGCACAGAAGAAUGCUUCCAAGUGGUUACUAAAAUCAGUAAAGAUAGUACCAUUGCCUACCACCAGCACCCCUCCAGAUAACAGUGGUUUGGCCAGUCCAGCAAAGAAGACUAAAGUACCAGAAGAAUCCAUUUCACAGGGAGGGACGAUGAAUGGUGAUAAUUCUGUUAGGGACAAGCAAGACGUUCAUUGUGAAACUCACUCCUCAAAUCAAGUGCCAACAGAUGAGAUACUCCUGGCAGCUUCUAUUAACAGGAGAGGGGAGGGGGAAGAGUUUGAGAGAGACAAAGAGGUAUCAGAAGAAAAUCGCUUAGCAGAGACUAUAGCUAAAGAUGAUGAUGAAGCAUUAGUAUCGAAGGGAAAGAAACGGAAGAAAGGUGACAAGAAGGAAAAGAUACAAGCGGUUGAAGUGAAAUAUGAACAAGUGUCCAUUCUGUGCCAUCCCUGGACGAACAUUGAUGGGUCAGUCAGCAUCAAGUCACUCAUCUUAUUUCUAAGUAGUGUUGGAUUGAUGAUAAUAUCUAAGCCAGGAAUCAAAGAGAGUGAUAUCUUUCAACAUUACCAGUCCUGCAUGUCUCCAGUAGAUUGCUUACACCUCUUCAAGAUCUUGAUGAAUGCAGAUAUCAUCACUAGGCAUUCGACAUACACCAGCACAAAACUGAAUCUGUUUGGAGCUCCAUUGAACACUAAACCCAAGGUGGUUAUCUUCUACCAACCAACAGUAGCAGCACUUUUGAAUUUAACACUGCUGAAAAACAAUCUUGCUAAUUCAGAUAAAGAGGAGAGCUAACUCAUCUGAUUGUGGACUUGCCUUGAACAUUAGACUCAUGGACACACUCAAGUACCUCUGGACCUUAGGGAUCCCUGAUGAAAUAAACAAUUGACAGGAAACCUCUAUGAAUCCAAAGAAAGUAGCUGAUUU